AUGACCGAUCGAUCAGAACAGAUCAGACAAAGUCCUAUUGGGAACAGCCUUGAUGCUGUUCACAGCACUUUCAACUCCAUAUGCAAUGGUGCAAAGACUCCUUGUACCGCCGACGCUAUAGAUCAACUCGAUCUUCGAAAUUUAACUCUGACUCUCCUUUCUGCUUUGCGAAGCCAUAUUCUUUCAAGAUCCCUUCCUUCGAAAUCGGGCUCUAGCAACUUCCAAAACGAUCUCCUCCGGCUUAUUUCGGCCGCUACCUCCGAUAAUUUCGAAUUCGAUAGCGUUAAGUCCCUCCUGAAGUCGGCCCUCUCCAACAAAGUGGAUGAUUUCACCAUCUGGGAUCAAGCAUACAGCGCCGUGCCCGAAACCACGCCACCCCCCCGAACGAUAGCCUCCUCACUUCAACAAACGCCCUGGCAACGUAAUACGAGCAGUUUCGCCAAUUCGUCCGAACACCGUCGAUAUGUUGACGAUAUACUGAAAGAGGAGCUCGGCACUAUGUAUGUUGGGCUUCCCGGCCUUCGAGACGCAUAUUUUGGAGGUGUGGUCGGGCUUGAGGCUGCGUCCAAGGAGUUCUUCGAUCAGUGCCUCAAUGGGGACUAUUCUGCCUUCCACGACGGCUGGGAGGGUUGGCCCCAGGAUACAAACGAGAAAAGCGUGCUAGAGUGGCUUGCUGGCUUCGUCAAGAAGCUGGCGCUGUUUGCAAACACCCAGCAGUCAAACACAACACAUCAACGAAGCCUCUUAGCACACCCCAACACACCGAUGCAGGGUUCCACAGCAGAUCGCAAACUAGAUGUCGGGUUCGUCGAUAACCUCGAGGUUGGCCAAGGGUCUCGACACCACUGGAAGCAAAUCCUGGUACCUGGAGAACUCAAGAGUAACCCAUCUGCCGACACAGCCUCCAAAGCUUGGCUUGACCUUGGAAGGUAUGCGAGGGAAGUGCUCGCUGCACAAGACACCCGACGCUUUGUCCUGGGCUUCACGCUCUGUGGACCUCUCAUGAGGGUAUGGGGCUUUGACCGGCUUGGAGCCAUCGCGUCAGAGCAGUUUGACAUCAACAAAGACGGCCUGCAGUUCGUGUUCAUAGUACUUGGAUUUCUUUGGAUGGAUGACGAAGCCCUGGGGUUUGAUCCAACGGUUAAGGUAUUGGACAACAACCGCUUCAUCAACAUUAAGCGGAAUGGUUCCACAGAGCGAAUUGUUAUUGAUGGGGUAAUUUUACGAGCACGCUGUGUGGCUGGCCGGGCUGCGACUUGUUGGAAGGCCCACCCUGAGGAACACCCAGACACGCCGCUUGUCAUCAAGGACUCAUGGCAGUAUCCUGAACGUGACGAAGAGGGCGGCCUCCUACGGGAAGUAACGGAUAAACAUGUUGUGAAUGUGGCCCGGUAUUAUUACCAUGAAACGGUCCAGGUUCACGAGACAGACGAUGAUAUCUGCAACAAUGUUCGUCACGGCCUAAAUGUCAUAGCAGCAAGCAACUACCGGCCAGGACGACAGAUGCCACCAAGCAACAUGGCAAAAGAAACCACGCGGAAGGGCCGCAGCAACACCAGCAGAAAGCGUCCAUCCAGCCAAACUGAUUCCACCCUUCCCCCUAGCAAGCGAUCCUGCUCCGCGUCUCCAACCAAGGCUGUAAGUAUACCUCCCAAUCGGGUUCAUCGGCGGAUUAUUCUUCAGGAUUACGGCAAGCCUAUAUACAAGGCAAGCUCUCGAUCAGCACUACUUGCUGCCCUCGUAGGCUGUAUUGACGGCCACGAGUCUUUGUACAAGGCAGGCAUCCUCCACAGAGAUAUAUCUAUUAACAACCUCAUGAUCAAUGAGGACAGCGGCAACCCAUCCUGGCCAGCGUUUCUGAUUGACCUUGACCUGGCAAUUCGAGAGCCACGAGAGAGUGCCUCAGGUGCCAAGGGAAAGACCGGCACGAGGGCCUUUAUGGCAAUCGGGGCACUAAUA